AUGGAGGUAGCGAUAAUGUCAGCCUGAUGAGUUGUCUCUCUAUCUGAAAGGUCAGUCUUCCCCUCCCCUCCGCUGAAAGACCAUCACAAUGAGGAUGGCGAAUCCCACCUCGGCUCGUGCCUUUGCUCUUUCAAUCUAAUGUAUUUUUAGCUGGAAACAACUGGCUUCUUAAAAUGGAGAUUUAAAUAGUAGGAGGCGGUAUGUGUGCAUCCAGGCUCUGCCUCUAUCCGUUCUUCCUCCGAGCGUUUUUCUGAUCAGGGAUUGUAACCAGAACUGGAGGAGAAAGGCAAAAUAUUGUCGGUGAUCCCUGGCGCUUCUUUUGCUUUGUGAAGAAGAUAUAACCCUAACUUUUGCAAUGAAGGGUGCUUGGCUGUGUUUGGCGACCCUCUCUCUGGCCUGCCUCAGUUGUAGAGCGGAGGACGGACUUGAGUUUCCCAGGUAUGAUGGAAGAGACAGAGUUGGCACCGUCGACAUGAAGAACUACCAGAAGCUUUUGGAAAAGUACGAUAUCCUGUGCUUGUUGUAUCAUGAGGCGGUCCCUGCUGGAGACAAAGUCGCUCAGAGACGGUUUGACCGGGUGGAGCUGGUGCUGGAGUUGGCAGCUCAGGUCUUGCAAGAAAAGAACGUUGGAUUCGGACUUGUAGAUGAGAAGAAAGAUGCCAAGGUGGCGAAGAAACUGGGUCUGAUAGAAGUUGGGAGUGUAUACAUUUUUAAAGGUGAUCACCUGAUUGAAUAUGAUGGUGAACUAUCUCCUGAAGUACUUGUAUCAUUUCUCCUGGACGUGACAGAAGACCCUGUGGAGAUCAUUGAGACCCGGGCAGAGGUUCGCUCUUUUGAAAGAACAGAUGAAGUUAUUAAAUUGAUUGGAUACUUUAAAAGUGAAGUUUCUGAACAUUACAAAGCCUUUGAAGAUGCAGCAGAACAUUUCCAUCCUUACAUCAAGUUUUUUGCAACUUUCAAUAAAGGGGUUGCAAAGAAACUUUCACUGAAGAUGAAUGAGGUGGAUUUUUAUGAGCCUUUCAUGGGUGACUCAGUCACUAUUCCUGAUAAACCCCAUUCAGAGGAAGAAAUCGUGGAGUUUAUUCAAGAACAUAAAAGAUCAACCCUCAGGAAACUACGUCCAGAAGAUGUGUUUGAGACAUGGGAGGACGACAUGGACGGAAUCCAGAUUGUUGCUUUUGCUGAAGAAGAAGAUCCUGAUGGUUAUGAAUUUCUGUCAAUUUUAAAAGAAGUAGCAAGAGAAAACACUAACAAUCCAGACCUAAGCAUUGUGUGGAUCGACCCCGAUGACUUCCCUCUGUUGUUUACUUAUUGGGAGAAAACUUUCAAGAUUGAUCUUCACAGACCUCAGAUUGGAGUGGUGAAUGUCACUGAUGCUGAUAGUGUCUGGAUGGACAUUAAAGAUGAUGAUGAUCUACCAUCAGCUGAUGAACUAGAAGAAUGGCUUCUUGACGUACUCUCAGGAAAAGUUAAUACAGAAGAUGAUGAUGAUGAUGAUGACGACGACGAUGAUGAAAACGACGAUGACGAUGAUGAUGACGACGAUGACGAUGAUGAUGACGACGACUAAUAUUUUUCAUUAGUAAUUAUCUACAAUAUGAACAAAAUAAUUCUGUGUUUAAAGAUAUUUUAAAACAGAUAUAUUUGUAAUUUGAGACAAAUACUGGAAAUGAAUUCAAAUUCUCAUAACGAUCAAAGUAAAAGCUCAGAUUUUAAAAUGAAAAGCAACUGAUUUAUAAAUCUUACUGUUGAUUUUUUUUUACUGUUUCAUCGUUUCCCCAAGAUUAUAAAGAGCUUGCAUUUACAUUGUGCCUUUCACUGUCUAAGAUCAACUAGACAAACUUUACUGCUAAUAAAAUAUAACUGAAAUGUUAUUGUAAUAUGGGAGAAGCAGGGCAGCCUAAUUACACACAAUCCACAAAUAGCUCCAAGCUCCCACAAACAGCUCUGAGGUAAUGGUCACGUGAUCUACUUUUUAAUAUCCAGUGGGUGCAUCUGACUAUCCAGCACUCUCUUGGUACUGCACAGGAAGGAUCAGCCUAAUUUAUGUGUUCAAGUAAUCAAACUUAAUCCUUCUACUUUAGAGACAAAAGUUCCACCUUUUAACUAAGGCUAACUCCUCAGAUUACAUUUCAGAUAUCUCCUUAAAUUGAAUAAAAAGACUUAAGUACAUAAAGAUUAUUUUGCUCAAGCGGAUAUUGCACUCAACUAACCAAUACCUAAUCUUAACUAUAUUCAAUUUGUAGGCACAGUCCAAUAUAUCCAACACUUAAAUGACAAUCUCUAUUCAACAUUAAAUGACAUUUGAUGAUUUGCACAUUAGUGCCACUUGUGUUUAGCAAGUAUGUACUGUUCAAUGCUCCCAAUGCAAAGCUACCAAAUGUUUAUUUGAUAAUACCCCCUAAAGCUGCAAACCACAACUAAACUUUACAUUUUCUAUAGUAAGGUUUUUGGCUUUAGGGGGCAGUUUUAAUAUCAAUCAUAUUAAGUGUGUAAUUUUAGGCAGACAUUCUUAUUCCACAUUAAUUCCACUUGAUAGGCAUUGCUUUCUAUUACUUCUCACCAGGAUGUUAGCCAACACAAAACACUGCACUAUGUACAUAGCUAGUAAAUGACAUCUAGUGCUAUGUGAUAACAAAUAUAAAACAGAAAAUUAUUUGAGGAAAAUAAUUAUUGAAGAUUGACUGCUAAUUAAGCAACGAUAUAACAACUAAAAGUAUAUUAUAGCACAGAGUAAAAAUUAGCAUUAUUGUACAUUUAAAGUCACUUUUGUUACUUCAAAUAAGCAUUUACAUUUUAACCGAAAAGCAAUUUAUCAUUUUCUUGUUCUAUAUUUUUGCAUCUAAUAAAUUUUAAAUGAAAUAGAAUGAUUAAAAACUGCAGAUUCUCUAAAUGUAGAGGUUUUUAGAAUCAAAACAUUUUCAAAUGUGUUUUAAACAAAAUAGAUAUAUUUCUUCAAUGCAGGAACAGAUGCAGAAAUAUACAUUUAACUGUUCUUGGAGAGGCACAUCAAAUUCACAUAUGGGCAUGUGUGUGUCUGUCCUAAAUGUCUCAGUGAUUAUUGGAGCCUGCUUCACUAUGGCAGCUUAUGUUAAAUGUAAAUAAGUGAAAUAUAAAUAAAUAUCUAGGAAUGUCACUUAAUUGCCUCCAAUACAUGUCCUGCCAUCUAUACUGUUGCCCUCUCAUUAUUGACAGAAGUGUUUUAACUGUUAAUGGCAUUUUCAAGAAGAUUAUCUACAGUUGUAACGAUUGUAGUACACUGUGUAUGAAUAAUCCAGAGCCAA